AUGCCAAUCGUUAGUAUCCAAGUUGAAGAUACAGCAAUUGAUGCAAUCCACGAGGUCCAGCAUCACCACUCUACCUCUACAGCUGGCUCAUAUUCCGAAUCCUUUUGGCUCAGCGUAUAUUUAGCAUUCCCAGAAAAUGGUGAAACUGCAGAGGCAAAGUCUUUCCAUUAUACCAUCACAGUUUCUAAACAAAACAAUAAUAAUAAUGAUAAUGAUAUCCAAUUAGAAGCAGAAAAUUCAGUCAAAUCAAAGGGAAUCACGCCAAUUUGGGACGGUGGCGAUGAUCUAUUACCUCCGAUCUCCUUGACAUGGGAACCUUCUUUGAAUAUUUCAUCUCCAACCAUUAAGCUUGAUCUCUCGCAACUAGUGAGUAAAGGUUCCGCUCCACCAUUGACUACUGUUUAUACCAUUGCAUUCCCCCUAGCUCGCGAAAUCCCCCUGGUUUCUGCCGGAGCCUUGCUCAAUACCACUGACGAAGAAGAAAUACAUUUGGAGGACGAGGUUGGGACCCUGAGGCCGAAAUACACAACAGUUUUUGAACCAGUCAUUGAAAAAUAUCGAGCAGAAGUUUUGCUCUCGGACCUGUCACAAUCUCUUUACCGUGCUUUGCGAUCCAAUGCUGAAGAUAACACUGCACUUGCAUUAAGCCCCCACGGUGAACUAUACGCAAGUGGUGACGACCGCGGUAAGCUUCUCAUUGGCUCCAUUCAGCCAUUACCUUCUUCUAAAACAACACUUCGCCAUGAACCACGCACCAUUAUUAAUGCGCAAACUUUGCGUCCGCGCAGAAUCCUUGAGCCAGGUCAUUUGUUAUCUGUUUCCAAGGUACUGUUUUUCCCCUCUGGUGAAGUUGUUUUGUCAGCGGGUCGUGACAUGCAAAUCAAGCUGUGGAGUGCCGUGGAUGGAUCCAAUCCUCGCACAUUCCGCGGACACGCAAGUCCUGUCACAGAUUUGGCGCUGGUGGUUUUACCCACAGAAGUUACAGAGGACGCUACUGCUCCACUUACGGGGAGAAAUUUUGUUUCGGCAGGAGGAGCGGAUGGUACCGUGCGGCUCUGGGAAACAGGGUCCGGGGAACUAGUACACACUUUUGCAAUUAAAAUUCCUAGCCCUCCUACACCUGCUUCUCCUGUGACGGGGCCUUCAGUAGAUUCGGUUGUCGAUAAGGUGCUGAUUGUGCCCACCAGCGCGCUUCCAGCAUUCAUGCAGCCAGCCACAGAACAAGAAGAAAAGGAUCACUUGUUUGACUACGAAACAAGAGGUAAAGCCGUAAUUGUGGUACAUCAUCAUCCGGUGCUUGACAAUGCUUAUAUUUCAGCUUAUGAUUUAUAUUCUCGUGCACAUAUUACGACUGUGGGCCCUGUGACCCCGCCAGGAGUUAAGCUGACGAGUGCCGUGGUGACUUGCAGUGGUACGAGUGAUACUUUGUGGAAACUGGUUACUGGUACGAGUGAUGGUCGUGUGGGGGGAUGGGAUUUGGGGUCUUUAACUCGGGAGUCGUUGGGUAAAGUUGCAUUAACACAGGUUUGCGCUUCUGCAACUGCAACUGUGACUGCAUUGGCAGUAGGUAGUGAAGGAGUUGCAAUUACGACACCAUUGUCGAGUGUAGUUGUUCCUUGGGCAAGUUUGGAGGAAACUGGCGAUAAGAAAGAGUUUGCAUCGCUUGAAAAUGUAACAUUUUUGGCUGGGUUUGAUGCAGCAGCACCAGCAGAUGCGCAGUUUAGUGCACGGGAUGGGAGUUUGUUUGUGAGCGGCAAGCAGGGACUCUUGUAUCGCUAUGUAAUUUAA